GACCAACCGCUGGGUGCAGUGUUGCGAAAUUCAACAUCCUCCGGGAGGAUGGUGAAGUGAGCGAUGAUGUUAACUCAAUUCCAAAUUGAGUACCGGCCAAGGUUAGCAAUUAAGGGACAAGCCCUUGCUGACUUCCUAGUAGAAAUGACCGGUCUAACUCCAGACUUACCGGUCAACAAGCCCACUGAGCAAUGGUGGGAGAUGGCAGUCGACGGGGCAUCCAGUCCUAGAGGAUACGGGGGUGGUAUCAUGUUCACCACCCCAGAAGGGUUCAAGAUCUACCAUGCAAUCGUCUUCAACUUCAAACUGACAAACAAUGAGGCAGAGUAUGAAACUUUGGCUGGAGGGCUCAGACUUGCCCAAGCCUUGAAAAUCAGCCGGGUCAGUAUCAAAUCUGACUCUAGCUUGAUAGUCGGGCAGGUGACCGGUAACAUGGAAGCAAGGGAAGAACGCAUGGCACAAUACAAGGACCUUGUACUUGCCCUGUUGAAAGGCUUCGAAGAGUUCAAGAUCGCCCAAAUUCCCCGGGCGGAAAAUGCGGAUGCAGACCUUCUCUCCAAGUUGACGCAGUAUGCUCCCGAGCAUGUUUCAAAACUUGCCCGGGUAGAGAUCCUUGACCGUGCAAGCAUCGAAAAAUUGGAAGUAGCUGCUAUAACGGCCGGAAGCCAAUAUGACCGGUCAAAACUGGUCGGGGCGGACGACCAUUGGAUGUAUGAUCUGAUGGAAUAUUUGAUGGAUGGGAGCUUGCCAGAACAAGAUGACCGGGCAAGAAAAGUGAAGCUCAGGGCACCCCGAUUCCAGGUUCUUGAUGGAAAGCUGUAUAAAAGAGCAUUUGGGGGGCCACUCCUGAGAUGUCUAACCAACCGGGAGGCUGAGCGAGUCAUAGCAGAGGUCCACGAAGGCGUAUGCGCGGCACAUCAAAUGUCCCGUACGCUUUCCCAACACAUCAUCCUAUUGGGGUAUUACUGGCCAACAAUCGUCCAGGAUUGUGAAAGGAGGGCUCACGGGGAAACUCCAUUCUCCCUAACCUAUGGGUGUGAAGCAAGGCUGCCCAUCGAAGCUGAAUUCCCAACGUUUCGGGAAUCAAAUUAUCAACCCCAACAAAAUGAAGAAGAUCACUUGGCCGAACUCAACUUGGUCGAAGAGUGGAGGAUGGCCGCGGAAGUUAAAAUGAGUACAUACCAACAAGUUGUGAAAAAGUACCAUGACAACAAGGUUGGGCCGCGGUACUUCCAAGUUGGGGAUGGAGGAAAGCUGGCAAAAAACUAAGAAGGCCCAUACAGGGUUAGAGCCAUCAUUCGACCAGGAACGUAUCGAUUAGAAACUUUAGAUGGUGUACCGGUAGAAAGAACUUGGAAUUCCCACCAUCUUCGCAAGUUCUACAAAUGAUUGUAAUACUAGGCGAGGCCUAACCACAUUAUCAAUCAAAGUGAUGUUCGAUA